AUGACGGAAAUGUACUCGGGGCUUCAUACAAGCCAACGGUUUUCGUCCCUGGAGGAUUUCAAAACGGUAAUUCGAAGCAUAUCGGUGCGCCAACACUGGGAGCUUCGUGUUAUUCGAAGCAACAAGAAAAGCGUGGUCAUUGGGUGUCGAUCCGCGCAGAAUUGCUAUUUUCGCGUUGUUUGUCGCUCAAACAAGAACGCUACCUACAUCACCAGCCUCCAAGACAGCCACAGCUGUCGACGAAGUGCUGAAUCUCCCGCCAUAACCCCGGCCCGAUCGGAGGCCUCCCAUGUCCGCUUCCUGCUGAGUGAGAUCCCGAAGCUCUUCGAUAUGAAGACCAGGAUCAAGGGCCAAGAUGUCGUGGAAGCAGUGAAGCGCUACCAUGGAUAUGACAUCUCCAUGAGGCAGGCACAGCGUGCAUUAACCAAACUGCAACCGCGACAGGCCGAUGGCCCUGAUGAGCAGAUUCUGGAUAUGGAUACGAGUCCCGGUGAUCAGCAGUCGCCCACUCAGUCUCAGGCUGAAACCCAAGGCGAAGCUGCGCCAGCAUUUCGAGAGAUGUCGGAGCCACGCUGGAUUGCAGACCACCUUCCACCCACACUGAUUGAUGAUGACCCGGUCCAUCCAACCGAGUCCCCCUAUGAUCCUCGCUCUAUGACUGUCUCUCAGCCCGGGGUUGGAUACCCGACAGCAUCUCCUCUAUCUGUGGCCGGACCUGAGCAUCCCAAGCCUUCUAAUUAUGGCCCACGCAACGAUCAUCAUGCCGCUCCACAGAUGGUUCUCACGAACUUCAAGAUUGAGUUUACCUGUACAACAUGCGGGGCCUUAAAUCAGAGUUUCUUUCCAAACCAGGGCAAUGUAACCGGGGCCGGAUUUAUGGCGCAUCAUCCAGUUCCAAGCCAGGGAGCCGUUGCGAGACAUCCCGGUCCUGCUCCUCCGAACGGGCCCGUGGGCAACGGUGAUGUCUCUGAAGAUAGUCCUUAUGUUGUUAACUCUCUUAAUGCCCGGGCUAUGCAGAAUGCAUGGGCUGCUGGAAAUCUUGGUGUUCCCAUUGGGCCCAGCAACACCUAG